AUGGGCCUGGCAAACAGCACCGACUUCGGACCAUCACCGGCGUCCCCAGAGAUCCGCCAGAAGGGUGGAGAGGUCGUGGACCUCCAAGUCCACGCGAUCAAUGGCAACACAUACCCAGUCUCCAUUGAGGCCUCCGCGAGGCUGGUGGAGCUCUACGAGGAAGUCGCAAGAGCGCUUGAUGUCGCGCCUUGGAUGCUGCGCCUGACGGCCGGCACCAGUGUUUUGGAUGUAAGCUCCGACGGAGACCGGACACUGGAAGCGCUCGGCAUCAAGGAGGAGACGGAUGUGAUGGCUCUUCGCUGCACUGGCUGUUUUCUGGAGAAUCCCGGAAUAAGCGGGUACAACGGGGACUACUUCUGCUCUGUGCUAGAGGUUCGCCAAGCCGGUUGGAACGCGGUUGACAUCAAGUUCAGCGCUUGGGGCGAUGGAUCGCUGGGAAAACUUCAAGACCCCAGCACGUCCAGGCUGAGCUUCCUUGACUCGAAACGGGAGCUGUCAGUUCGGCCUAAGAGUGUCACUUUGGAAGUAGACGAAGUAGCAGAUGAUCGUUCUGCCCACAAGCAGGGUGUCAUGACCUUCGAGGGGGUUCCGACACAUGGCCAGGUGUGGUUCGUCUACGGCAAUAACAAUGGCUACGAUAAGCUGGCGUUGAACCUCAGUGACGGUCGCUAA